CUGAAGGAGACGUGUCUCACAGGAAGCGCGUCCGUUACAGCGAGGAAACAGACGCCAUUGUGGCUCAAACCCAGGUCGCGAUUAGCCCUGAUCGCAAUUGAUGAUUUGAGCCAACAUGGUGUCCAAAUGGUACAGUUUCAUGAAAGUUUGUGCGGCUACGGACAUGUAGACGAGCAUUAUCUGUGGCAUCCGAACUCGAAAAAAGGUAGUCGAGAGAUCCAAAGGAUGGCGCGGGUGGUGUUUCUCCAUCCAGACCUUGGUAUUGGUGGAGCAGAGAGACUGGUGGUGGAUGCUGCUGUUGCUCUGAAGUCUCAGGGAUGUAGUGUGCAGAUUUGGACGGCCCAUUAUGACCCAACACACUGCUUCUCUGAGACCCUGGACCCAGAACUGCCUGUGGUAUGUGUGGGCGACUGGCUGCCCACCAGGGUGUUUGGUUACCUGCAUGCCCUGUGUGCCUACCUGAGGAUGAUCUAUGUGGCUCUCUACCUGGUCUUCUUCAGCGGGGUGGAGUACGAUGUCGUCUUCUGUGACCAAGUGUCAGCGUGUAUCCCGGUGCUGCGACUGUCCCGUCUCAGGAAGAAGGUUUUGUUUUACUGUCACUUUCCAGACCAGCUACUGACCCAGAGGAAGUCGGUCCUGAAGAAGCUUUAUCGCGCUCCCAUUGACUGGCUGGAGGAGCGCACCACUGGCAUGGCUGAUAUGAUUCUGGUAAACAGCCAGUUCACCGCAGGCAUCUUCAAAGAGACCUUUAGUGGUCUUAGAGGAGUCCAGACAGAUGUCCUCUAUCCCUCCCUCAACACACGUACCUUUGACCAGCAGUCCAGCGAAACACAGGGCCUGGAAGGGCUGCUCCCUGAGGGAACCUCAUGCCUGUUCCUCUCUCUGAACCGAUAUGAGAGAAAGAAGAAUCUGGGGCUGGCUCUGAAGGCCUUUGCGUACCUGAGAAGCAGCCUUCCUCCAGGCCAGAGAGCAGGUAUUCACCUGGUGGUGGCGGGGGGCUACGAUGACCGAGUUACUGAGAAUGUUCAACAUUACAAUGAACUGAAAGAUCUAGCAGCGCAGCUCGACUUGGAAGACUUUGUCACUUUCCUGCGCUCCCCCUCUGAUUCACUGAAGGUGGCACUGCUGCGGGGCAGCUGUGCUGUGCUGUACACCCCGAGCAGAGAACAUUUUGGGAUAGUUCCCGUGGAGUCCAUGUACUGCUGCUGCCCUGUUAUCGCAGUGAACUCUGGGGGCCCCCUGGAGAGUGUGGCAGAUGGGGAGACGGGCUUCCUGUGUGAGCCCACGGCAGAGGCCUUCUCUAAGGCUAUGGAGAGGCUCGUGAGGGAGCCGCAGCUCCGCAGGGACAUGGGACAAGCUGGGAGAAGGAGGGUUCAAGAUAAAUUCUCUCUUCAGGCCUUCUCAAACCAGCUGCACGGGUACAUUGUCAGGCUGAGCCAGUGAAGUGAAAGCUGGAGGAGAGGCAGAAGACUGUUGGAAAAAUUAUCCUCUUUUAAACUGUGAAUUGUCUGCGGAUGACGAAGGUCUUCAGUGAGGUGAAGAGGAUGUCUUCUAGCAGAGAAUGUAUGUGUAAAUGUGAGGGGGGGGGGUUAUGAGGACUCAGAGGACAAUCAAUCAGCAUUCCCCUGGAGGGGUUGCUGAGAGGGAAAAAAAGGACGGAAUCUCUAUACCAAUUAAGACAAGAGUAACGAGUUUACCUCCCCUAUCUCUGGAAAAAUACCACACUGGCAAGAGUGAACGUGGUUGUGUGUGUAAUUGUACAUGUGUAGAGCCUAGCAAAUGAGCGUACCACCAGGAUUGAUUGUUAGAGUGAAAUGUUUUGCACCAGUGUGUGUUUUUUUUUUUUUUUUUUUUUUUCCAUGCUUUGCUUCAGUAGUCUUUGUCUUUGUGUGUUUGGGGGAUGAAGAAGAAGAAUGUAGCUACCACCACGUGCCAUCAGGCAGUGCACCGUCUAAGAUCGAUAAACAGGAUGCUUUCCACUUCUUCCUGUCCACCCAGAGCUUUGUUCCCCUCCUCUCAUUCACAAGACACUGGCCUGUUCAUGACUCUUGCUGUUGGGAGGUUAUUAGCAGAUGAUAUAGAGUGUUUGGCUUCAUUAGAGGUCUGGUUGAUGGGCAGUGUGGCUUUGUCUGGAUCAUUAUCAACGAGGAGAAUAGCAGAAGGUCAAUGUGUCUGCGCGUUGGCCUCCUCAGCCCUCCUACUGUAUAGAAACGCUGUUAUUGACAUUCCUGAAGUCUUAAUAAACACAUACUUUUCUGACUCUUA